AUGUCUAGAAGCGGUUCCCCGGCAAAAUCUCGAUCGCGAAGUGGUUCCCGUGCUAAGUCUAAAUCAAGAUCGCGAAGCAGAUCAGGGAGCGGGUCGCCAAGAAAGUCGCGAUCCAGAAGUGGUUCCGCCGUAAAAUCCCCGUCUACCUCUAGAAAGUCUAAGUCGCGAAGUCGAUCUCGGAGCAAAUCGCGAGAGAAGUCAAAAUCAAAAUCAAGGAGUCGAUCGCCAGAUGACGUUCGUGCUAGAAGCAAAUCUCCUGAAAAUGUGGACGAGGACGACGAAGAAGUAGUCCGCGGACGCAAAAGAAAAGUUUCCGUUCGUUCCGGCUCUGGUUCGAGAUCUCGUUCAAAAUCUCGCACCAAACGCCUGAAAUCCCAUUCCGGAUCUCGCUCACGUUCGCGUUCGAAGUCAGGGUCCCGUUCGCCUUCAAGAUCGCGCAAACGUUCUCGUUCGAGGUCCAGAUCCGUGUCGAAGUCGCGCUCGCGCUCCAAGUCCGUGGCAAAGUCCCGGUCGCGCUCCAAAUCACGUUCGAAGUCCCGUUCGCGGUCCCGUUCCGGCUCAGCUAAGUCUGGCUCCAGAUCACGUUCCCGCUCGGGGUCUGGUUCCCCAUCACGCAGAGUCGAAAAGAAACGUCGGACAGUUCGGCUGCAAUCAGAUGAGGAGGGUGAGGGAGAGGAAAAUCAGGCGCGUGAUGGAGAAGACGAGACGAAAGUAGCCGACGCAGAGGCGAAACAGGCAGAACAAACUGCACAGGAUUCCUCCGAUGAUGAAAUCGCUCCGGAUUCUAAGACCGCGGAUGCCUUGGGUGGCAUGUCAGACUUUGAGAUUAUGUUGGCGCGUAAGCGAGAAGAAAGACGCGGGCGACGACGACGAAGGGAUAUCGACAUAAUCAACGAUAACGACGAUCUCAUCGCUCAGCUGCUGCAGCAAAUGCGCCAGGCGGCAGAGCAGGACCGCGAACUGAAUCGUCGCAACCAGCCCGCAGUACGCAAGGUGUCGAUGCUGAAGUCGGCCAUGUCGCAGCUGAUUAAAAAAGACCUUCAGCUUGCGUUUCUGGAACACAACGUUUUGAAUGUGCUUUGCGAUUGGUUGGCGCCCAUGCCCAACCGGGCACUUCCCUGUUUGCUUAUCCGCGAGAGUAUCCUCAAGUUGCUGAUGGACUUUCCCUCAAUCGAUAAAUCGCUCCUAAAGCAAUCUGGUAUCGGUAAGGCGGUCAUGUACCUGUACAAGCACCCAAAGGAAACGAAGGCGAACAGGGAACGGGCUGGACGACUCAUUUCUGAAUGGGCCAGACCCAUAUUCAAUCUAUCAACUGACUUCAAAGCGAUGAGCCGUGAGGAGCGACAGGCGCGUGACGAGGCGAUGGCUGGCGUGCGGCGGCGGGAGGACGGUCCUGGUGGGGGUGCCGGUGGUGGGGGCGGGGGAGGGGGAGGCGCUAGGGCGGGGCCGUCGCGCCGUGCCGCGCAGCCCGCUGCGCACCCCGCGCACGCGCCCGCUGGCGACGCGGACCGUGCGGCGCGGCCGGGCGAGCCGGGUUGGGUAUCGCGCGCACGCGUGCCGCUGCCCUCCAACAAGGACUAUGUCGUGCGCCCCAAGUCCACCUGCGACACCGACAUGUCGCGCGUAAGCAAAAAGAAGAUGACGCGUUAUGAAAAGCAAAUGAAGAAAUUUAUGGACCAGAAACGGAUGAAGAGCGGAUCGAGACGCGCUGUUGAAAUUUCAAUAGAAGGCCGCAAGAUGGCGCUGUGA